AUGAAUAGAACACAAAAAAUCACACUUUCCCCUCCACCCCUCUCAGAGCUAGCCGAAACGCUUCAAGCGCCCCUCAGCGCCAACUAUGAGCAUUCUUCUGUAUCAGUGGUGUCAUGCCCGAACCUCCGCGAGUCGCCCUUCCUACUCGCGCACGAGGGUCUUUCGGGCGAUGAGAAAGUCGCUGAUGUCGGCGGACAGACACACCUCUAUCCGCGACCGAUGAUGGACAAGACGUAUCAGCUGCAUCAAAUCGCAAGAGAGAUGGAGAUGGUUGUAGACGAUGGGCCGUAUCCGCCACCUGCAGUGACGUUCCUCGGUGCUGGCGCCGGAGCGUAUGAUCUCGUGGGUCAGAAUUGCGAGAUGGUUAUCAAUUUCGGUAUGCGGUACGCGACGAAUAUGUCCUUUUUGACGAGUAACAAUGGGCGCUACGUCAAGAUCGAUCCUGAGACGAAGGGCGUACUUGUGCAGAACACGGAUCAGCACAAAUGGUCGUUUGGGUUGAUGGGGAAUGUUUUCGCGUCUAGGGGUGAAUCGGGGGAUGUGUUGAGGAUUACUGCUCGCAAGCGUAUUGGAGAAGAGGGGAGUUUCACGGAGUGCAUUCGCAAGGCGCUUCGAGAUAUCUAUGGUGAUUCUCAGAUUAUCAGUCUAGGUGGUGUGUUUGCUAUCAAAUCUGGAAAAGCGCGAUAUCAUAUUAUGCCUGAUUUCCCACCAGAGGAAGGACUGCCAUUCGAAGAUCGCGAGCAGUUCAAUAACUGGUUGACAUAUCACGACUUCAGGGCGCCGAUGACUUGUAUGACGGUGCUGCAUUCUGCUGAUCCCAAGAAAAAUUUGGGUUUGCGGAUGGAGCAUACACAUGCGUUCUCGACGGUGGGCGAGAAUACAGGUGGGCAUUAUCACUAUGAUCUUGACGAUGAGGAGGAGAUUGAGUAUGAGGGAUAUUUCAAUACGGCCAAGGUGUUGUAUAGAAUUGAUAAGCCUGAGCAUAGUUUGGAGGAGAUCCUACAUCGUUAG